GGAGUGAUGUUUGACUGAACCGACAGGUCACGUGAUUCCAGCUCAUUUGGAUGUUGUGUUUAUUUUACCCCCCCCCUUCUCAUUUAAAGCCGACCUGCGGUCUGUCAAACGGUCUCAUAAAGUCCUCAGUCAGUGGACGCAUCAUUCAGCUGCUGUUCUCCAACGCUCCACCAUGACGCACCUCUCUCUCCUCCUCUGUGCCAUGUUCACCUCCUCUCUGCUGCUGCUGCUGCUGAACCGGACUGCUUCUGCAGAAACCUCGGUCCUCUCCGUCCUCUGCUCCUGGACUAAAGUUCUGCCUAAUGGAGAAGUGCACCUCAGCUUUGUGCGCCAGUCCUCUCCAUCUCCAUCUCCAUCUCCAUCUCCAUCUGUGCGCCUCUACCACAGCGCCUGGUCCUCUGCCAGUCUGCUCAGCUGCUCAUGGAGCGACGACGCGGCGGUGAUCCACAACUAUCUGUCUCUGUGCCGGGAGCAAACGCACCACUUCUCCUCCGAUCACCCUUUAAAUGGAAACCUGGAUGUGGAGUCCAUGUUGGAGGCAGAGGAGCUGUGCGUCUCUGUGGCCUCUCCAGAGGAGAAGACACCGGUGAGGAGCGUUCAGGCUGAAGGUCAAGCUGAGAGGUCAGAGGUCAAGAGGAGCCAUCGGCGUGUAAAGCGAGGUUUCAUCGUGCCAGGGACUCUGUGGUGCGGAUCUGGCAACAAGGCGCCAUCAUAUGAAGAUCUGGGCGUGUUUUCAGACACCGACAGCUGCUGCCGUGAACACGACCAGUGCAAAGACACCAUCCUGUCCUUUCACUCCGGGUUCGGUGUCUUCAACAGCAACAUCUUCACCAUGUCUCACUGUGACUGUGACAACAAGUUUCACCGUUGUCUGAUGGAGGCCAACGACAGCAUCUCUGGCGUGGUGGGAUACACCUUCUUUAACCUGCUGAGUAUGCACUGCUUCGAGUUCUCCCACCGACUCCAGUGUACUGAGAGGAACUGGUUUGGCAUGUGUAAAGAGACUAAACUGGCGCUCUAUGCUGAGGUGCACCCGCCCACGCUGUUCGACGCUCCCAACCCAACAGAGGUCAGCUCCAUCAUCAACACCACCAGCGUACCCACAGAGCUGCUGGGGAGCAACACGUCAGACUCCAUCACUGCUGCAGCAUCCACCGUCCCCACACCUUCAACCAGCUCCCCCUCAGCCUCCAUCACAUCCGUUACCAACGUUACCAACGUUACCAACGUUAUCAACGUUACCAACGUUACCAACGUUACCAACGUUACCAACGUUACCAACGUUACCGCCUCCACAUCAGAGGCACCCGCAGGACCAGCACCUGGGAGGAGAGAUGACCUAGAGAACACCUUACCCGUCAAAAAACAACCUCUGUCUGAGCUGGACGUCACAGAGAAUCAGCUGUCAUGUGCCGUCUACAAGGAUCUGGACGAGUGCAAGGACAAGAUCCUUCCCCAGCAGAAGAGAUAUGGUCUCCACAACCCAGAGAGCACGAUGCUGUACCACUGCAACUGUACCAGCAGAUUAUUCCAGACUUUGGCUAAACAGAGACAGCUGACCGAAGUGCACACUCUUCUGCUGGGACGGGUGUCUCAGUCCUGCUUCCUGCCUCAGGACUGCACAGCAGGCAACAUCUGUACAGCGGUUCUGGUGCGAGCAGAGUUCCCUCAGCUGGAACAGAGGAGCCGAGCCGACGUGGAGGAGCGUCGCCAUCUACAGGCCGUCACGCUGAAGGUCAGGAGGCCAAACCUGAAGAGAGCCAAGAGGAAAGACAGAGCUGUCAGGCUCCACAAACUGUGUCUCAGGAUGCUCCGGCGACCCAAACUCAACCAGAACAGAACCAGAACAACCGCUCAGCGGCCGACCAUCAGAGGAAGAGAGAACUCGUCUGAGUGAGAAGAUCAUGAAGCGUUCAAUACUAAAUAAGACUUUAUUUUCAUUUUCAUUUCAUUCCAGCACUUUUUUAAAAUCACAUUUCCCUUCAUCAAAAAAAAGGAAAUAUUCAUCAAUAUGUUUAAAACAAAGUUUAUAUUCAGUAGUGGGAGUAUAAAUACAGCUCACAGUGUGACAAUCAGACUGACCUUUGACCUCCAAAGUCUGCUUUGAUCUCACAACAUCCCUUUUCCUGAUGCACGUUUUACAUCAUAAAACAUAAAACCAGACUCCGCUGUUUAAAGCCCUUUAAGUCACUGUAUUCAGUGUAUUUGUGUAUAUUUGUACUGUGUUGUAUGAACUGUAGAUAGAUGCUAAUUAUGUUAUUCACUCAGCUAAGUAAGAAAAAACAAUCAUGUAAAUAUCUGUACAUAUGAUGAAAUACUUAGUUUAUGAUGUGUGACUGAUUAUUACAUUUAAAGGAAUAGUUUGUCAUUUUGACUGUAGCUUCAUAUUUCACUAACAAAUACGAGAGUAUCAACUAAGAAGUGAAUAUAUCUCCUGAAAUGUUGAACUAUUUAUAUUAAAUGUAAAGAGUUUUAAACAUUACUAUUUGCUUCCUGCCAUUUAGACAUUAAAUGUCACAUGUUGUUAAUAAUGUAUUGUUUUGUUGCUGUUUGUUUGACCUAGUAAACGUUUAAAAACAUGA